GCGUGCAAGAGAGUGACAUUGAUGAGCAUCUUGAAUCUAAUGGCGAGGCUAUUAAUUGAAUUAAGUCUCGCCAAUGCCAGCUCACUCCUUGUUAUCUAUUUUCUCGAAUCGAAUAUUACUAUGCUCAUCUGUCAUUGUGAUUACCACCCAAUUAUGUGUUUUGUCAUUAGAUAUUCCCAAUAACAAGAGGGUUUCUCCUAUUUAUAUGUAACUUGUACUUGCAUAUCUCUCUCCUUUUUUUCUCCUCUCCUACCUUGAGUAGGGCUCUCUAUAUUCUUUCUAACUCGAAUUCUUCCAUACACCCCCACAGAAAAAUAGUUUUGAGUGCCUACUAAGGGGACAACUUUCAGCUAUAUACAUAUUGAUAUCAUCUCCGAAGAUCUCUUAAAGUUAGGAAAUGAUCGUCUGUAUCAAAGGAGAAGAAGAUGAAAAUGAUGUAACACCUCCCAGAAAGGUUUCAAAUACGGGCAAUACUUUGGCCGAGGUCCUUGUGCCGAAGGGAUCACCAAACUCAAUAGAUAUGGUUAAGCAUGUAGUAAUAGUAAUGGAUGCAUUGAAGGGUUUCUCUCGAGGGCCACUCCAAUGGGCACUUGACCAUGUCAUUCAAACUCGUUGUACCAUUACCCUUCUAGGUGUGAUGCCCUGGAUCCCUCUCCCAUUGUCAUGCAAGACAUGGCUAGAUGUUUGGACAUUCGAUCAGGAGGAUUUGUCAGCAUUGAAAGGUCGGAGUGACUUGAAGAAUGAUCACAAGUAUCAGAAGAUUCGGAGAAUAAUUGAGCUAUGCGAGCAGAAAGGGGUUGGUUAUCUACUCUCAUAUUAUACCAGGAACAUAAAGCUAGUGCACUGUUUGCAGGUCGUCCCAUGUAUGAAAGUAGCAAUGGGGCAUCCUUUGAAGCUAGUUGUUCUCGAGCAGACCACAAAUCUUCAUGCUACCUUUGUGGUUCUUGACAGACAUCUCAGGAAGAACAAAGCAUUCUUUGCACAGAGAUUGCCCAGCAGCGUCGUGAUGAUGAAGAGUGGUGGAGAUGUAGACAUGCUCAAAAUCCGUUCAAGCAUCGAUAGUUCUGAGCUCACUCCUGGAAAAUCUCCAGAAAAUAUGAUAUCUACUCCUCAGGUUAUUCUUUCAGAAGCAUUGUCUGAACUUCUGAAGUGAAAAGUAAAUUUAUAUAUAGGCCGACAAGAAUCAAGAAGUUGGGUUUGACAAGAGGGUGCAAAUUUUGUUGGAAGAAAUGCAUUUAAUAUAUGUUGAUAGUAGAUGUCGUCUGAAGCUGAUGUGUGGAUGCAACAUCUUAUGUGUACUAUUCGGUUGGCUAAUAAAUCUACAUGUAGGAGCUUCUAGUC